GGAGGGGGAGCGGCCUGGAGUGGCCGGGACAGACACACGCAGCGGGGAGGGACGGGAGCCGGUCGGGGCCCUCGGCAGAAGCGGCGGACGGAGGCGAUUCAACUUCGCGGCGUCUCUCCCUCACCUCCCCCGCCAGCUCCCCGCGAGAGCUCGCGCUCCGCCGGGCGGAGACCCGCUCAGCUCAGGCCGAUAUUUCAAGACUUUCCUUUCCAACAGAAUAUGACAGAUACCUAGCAUCUAGCAAAACGAUGGCAGCAGCUUACCUUGAUCCAAACUUGAAUCAUACACCAAGUUCAAGUGCAAAGACACACCUCAGUACUGGGGUGGAGCGUUCCCCAGGGGCCAUGGAACGAGUCUUAAAGGUCUUCCAUUACUUUGAAAGUAGCAGUGAGCCAACAACGUGGGCCAGUAUUAUCCGGCACGGAGAUGCUACUGAUGUCCGGGGCAUAAUUCAGAAGAUAGUGGACAGUCACAAAGUAAAGAAUGUGGCCUGUUAUGGAUUACGGCUCAGUCACCUGCAAUCUGAGGAGGUCCACUGGCUACAUCUGGACAUGGGUGUAUCCAAUGUGAGGGAGAGGUUUGAAUUAGCCCACCCUCCAGAGGAAUGGAAAUAUGAACUGCGAAUCCGAUAUUUACCAAAAGGAUUUCUGAAUCAGUUUACUGAGGACAAGCCAACACUAAAUUUUUUCUAUCAGCAGGUGAAAAAUGAUUAUAUGUUAGAAAUAGCAGAUCAAGUGGACCAGGAAAUUGCUUUGAAGCUAGGUUGCCUUGAAAUCCGGAGAUCCUACUGGGAGAUGAGGGGCAAUGCACUAGAAAAGAAGUCCAACUAUGAAGUUUUAGAGAAAGAUGUUGGCUUAAAGAGAUUUUUUCCGAAGAGUUUGCUGGAUUCUGUAAAGGCCAAAACACUAAGAAAACUGAUUCAACAAACGUUUCGACAGUUUGCCAUCCUCAAUAGAGAAGAAAGUAUUCUGAAAUUCUUUGAGAUCCUGUCUCCAGUAUACAGAUUUGACAAAGAAUGCUUCAAAUGUGCUCUGGGUUCAAGCUGGAUUAUUUCAGUGGAGCUGGCAAUUGGCCCAGAAGAAGGAAUCAGUUACCUUACAGACAAGGGCUCUAAUCCUACCCACCUGGCAGAUUUCAAUCAAGUGCAGACUAUUCAGUAUUCAAACAGUGAAGACAAGGAUAGAAAAGGGAUGUUACAGCUCAAAAUAGCAGGAGCACCUGAGCCUCUGACAGUGACAGCACCAUCCUUAACCAUUGCAGAGAAUAUGGCUGACCUGAUAGACGGAUACUGCAGACUGGUGAAUGGAGCCACACAGUCUUUUAUUAUCAGGCCUCAGAAAGAAGGUGAAAGAGCUUUACCAUCAAUACCAAAGCUGGCCAACAAUGAGAAGCAAGGAGUAAGGUCGCAUACAGUCUCUGUAUCAGGAGUCAGUCACUGUCAGCAUAAAGUAAAGAAAGCUAGGCGCUUUCUCCCUUUCGUCUUCUGUUCCCAUGAGCCACCGCCUAAGGAUGAAAUUAGUGGGGACGAAACAGAUGACUAUGCGGAGAUUAUAGAUGAAGAAGAUACUUACACAAUGCCCUCAAAAAGCUAUGGAAUAGAUGAAGCCAGAGAUUAUGAGAUUCAGAGAGAGAGAAUUGAACUGGGACGCUGUAUCGGAGAAGGACAGUUUGGAGAUGUACAUCAAGGAGUUUACAUGAGUCCAGAAAAUCCAGCUAUGGCUGUUGCAAUCAAAACAUGUAAAAACUGCACUUCAGACAGCGUGAGAGAGAAAUUCUUACAAGAAGCCUUAACAAUGCGUCAGUUUGAUCACCCCCACAUUGUGAAGUUGAUUGGAGUUAUUACGGAAAACCCAGUCUGGAUAAUCAUGGAGCUCUGUACACUAGGGGAGCUGAGAUCAUUUUUGCAAGUAAGAAAAUACAGUUUGGAUCUGGCCUCUCUGAUACUAUAUGCUUAUCAGCUUAGCACAGCACUUGCCUACUUAGAGAGCAAAAGAUUUGUACAUAGGGAUAUUGCUGCUAGAAAUGUGCUGGUAUCCUCCACAGACUGCGUGAAAUUAGGAGACUUUGGUUUGUCCCGAUAUAUGGAAGACAGUACUUACUAUAAAGCUUCCAAAGGAAAAUUACCUAUCAAAUGGAUGGCUCCAGAGUCAAUCAACUUCCGACGUUUUACCUCAGCUAGUGAUGUGUGGAUGUUUGGUGUGUGUAUGUGGGAAAUUUUAAUGCAUGGAGUAAAGCCCUUCCAAGGAGUGAAGAACAAUGAUGUGAUUGGUCGAAUUGAGAAUGGUGAACGGUUACCAAUGCCUCCAAACUGCCCUCCUACUCUCUACAGCCUUAUGACCAAGUGCUGGGCAUAUGACCCCAGCAGACGACCCAGGUUUACUGAACUUAAAGCACAGCUCAGUACAAUACUGGAGGAAGAGAAGCUGCAGCAAGAAGAACGAAUGAGAAUGGAAUCAAGGCGACAAGUCACAGUGUCCUGGGAUUCAGGAGGAUCAGAUGAAGCCCCUCCCAAGCCCAGCAGACCUGGUUAUCCCAGUCCAAGAUCCAGUGAAGGGUUUUAUCCUAGUCCACAGCAUAUGGUACCGCCCAAUCAUUACCAGGUCUCUGGCUAUCCUGGUUCUCAUGGGAUACCAGCCAUGGCAGGCAGCAUUUAUCCUGGCCAGGCAUCUCUUUUGGAUCAAGCAGAUUCCUGGAACCAUCGGCCUCAGGAAAUAUCAAUGUGGCCCCCCACCAUGGAGGAUUCUGGCACUUUGGACAUGCGAGGAAUGGGACAGGUCCUACCAACACAUCUAAUGGAGGAGAGAUUGAUACGACAGCAACAAGAAAUGGAGGAAGAUCAGCGCUGGCUUGAAAAAGAGGAGAGAUUCCUGAAACCUGAUGUGCGGCUCUCCAGAGGCAGCAUAGACCGAGAGGACGGGAGCCUCCAGGGCCCGGCUGGUAACCAGCACAUAUAUCAGCCUGUGGGUAAACCAGAUCAUGCAGCUCCGCCAAAGAAACCACCUCGUCCUGGAGCCCCCAGCCAUUUGGGUAGUCUUGCCAGUCUCAACAGCCCCGUGGACAGCUACAAUGAAGGAGUGAAGCCAUGGAGGCUUCAGCCACAGGAAAUCAGCCCUCCCCCCACUGCCAACUUGGAUCGUUCCAAUGACAAGGUGUAUGAGAAUGUAACUGGACUGGUGAAAGCUGUAAUAGAAAUGUCCAGUAAAAUCCAGCCUGCCCCUCCAGAGGAGUAUGUGCCCAUGGUGAAGGAAGUUGGUUUGGCACUACGAACUUUACUGGCAACAGUAGAUGAGACCAUUCCAGUGCUCCCUGCAAGCACUCACCGAGAGAUUGAGAUGGCACAGAAGCUGUUGAACUCUGACUUGGCUGAACUGAUUAACAAGAUGAAAUUGGCACAGCAAUACGUCAUGACUAGCCUGCAGCAGGAAUACAAAAAGCAAAUGCUCACAGCUGCUCAUGCUCUGGCUGUGGAUGCCAAAAACUUGCUGGAUGUUAUUGAUCAAGCCAGACUGAAAAUGAUUGGUCAGUCCAGACCCCAUUAAACACUGAGGAAGAAUUUUUUGUCGUUCUUUUUAGGAAUAUUGCUCAUGUAAGGAUGUUAUCUAGCCUUCCACCAGCGGUGAGGAUUAACCUGCAUAGUCCUGGAUUUCCAGUGACUCCUGCUUCAUCAGACCUGAUUGACAGCUGUUGGUUUUCUCUCUCUCUCAUUAUAAAAGUUUAACCAAGUUUUUACCAUAAAGCCAAGAUGGUCUGGGAUUCAAAAUGUGGCAUUAUCGCAGAAUGAAGUUUGUACAGAAGCCCUUGGGAAUUGUGACUGGGGAAGACAAUUACAUUUUACAUCAUCACAUAGGAUGUGUGUUACCUAAAAUUUCCAAGGGGUUACAAUCUCAGAGCCAGGACUGUCCGAGCUGCAGAUUGGAGAAAAAUAUUGUGAAGUGAAGAAUUCUGGGAAACCUCAGGGCUGAGAAUUCUUGCCCACAGUAUGCGAGCUAUCCAGACUGGAAUUUUUUAUUAGAACACUUACGUCGCAAUAUGCUAAUCACGAUUUACAGAGAAAGAAAAUAAAAAAGCUAUAUUUUCAAGACUUCAGUCAUUUCAAAAGAAACUAAAGCCCUCUUCAUCUUUCUGCCUUUUACUUUCAUGUGGAUGUGUGAAACAUUUGUUUGGAAACUAGCUGUAGAACACAACUGAAAACUCUUGUAUGUCUUUUCACCAGAAUAACUUGCCAGUUUUUUGUAGCAAUGUUAUUUUCCUUGGAAGCAAAAAGCUGCUUUGUACCAGAGCAACUCAGAGCCGCAUUUAGAAGAGAAGUUCUGUAACCAUAUGUGUUCCCCAUUUUUAUAUAAUUUAUACAGAAAGAUUAAAGCCAUGUUGAAUAUUUUAAACCCACUGUAGUUAACUAACCCAUCUUUGAGUCUAUCUUGCCUGGGAGGAGUUACAGCAGAGCAGUGUGAAUGUUUUCUUUGAUUUUUUUUCCAGUUACACCAUCUGUUCUGUUAAAUAAAAACCACCAUGCUCCCUUUUGUUUGAUGGGGGUUAUAAAUUAUUCUCAGGAAGAAUAUAAUGAACUGUACAGUUACUUUGACCUAUUAAAAAGGUGUUACCAGUGAA